UUCUCAGUCAAACUGUGAAUCAAACUUGAGCCUCGAAGACGAACAUGAACUGAAUUUCUGGAGAAGAACUUAAUAAUAGUGAUUUCUAAUAUAUAUUUCAAAUUAUAUUUAAUAUUAGUAGAAUACGUGUUUUCAUGGUUUUAUAUUAGUUAUGGAUUUCGAUUGGAACAAUUAUUUAGAAAAUAAUAAAAGCGUUCCUGUCCCUGAAGAAUUAUUUUCUCACGUGGAGCUCAGUCUUUUCAAUGGAAUCAAACAGGGAAUGCUUCUUGAAGUAUGCCAUAAGAACAACCCAGAUGUUUACUGGAUAGCCAACAUAACUAUGGUGUGUGGACACCUCUUAAGAAUCAAAUUUAUAGGGGCAGAAAAUGACUUCUGGUGUGAUAUAUCAAAUACAAAGGUCCAUCCGUUAGGUUGGUGUGGAAAGUAUGAUGAAUUAAUUGAACCUCCAGAUGAAAUUAAUGAAAAAUGUGGCGAUACAAUCAUAGAGAUUAUGAAGAAGGCUCUGCUAGUUGGCCAGUCGGUGUCAAUAGAAGCAUUGAAUAAUAAAGGCUUAUCGCCAAUAGACAGGAUCAAAGUUGGCAUGAAAGUGGAGAUUCAGAACCUCAUAGACCCCUACAAGUAUUGGAUUGCAACAGUGGAUGAAAAUGUGGGUGGUCGAUUGCUCUUACGCUAUGAUGGCGCUGAUGAUGAUUUGCCUCAAUUCUGGUUGUUCUUCUCCAAUCCUAGGAUCAAUAGCUUUGGUUCUGUGACCAAUAAGGGUUCUCCAUGGCAGUUCAAAUAUCCAGGAAAAGUGAAUAAGUUCUCAUGUAAGAACAAAUUGAGUACUCAGUUACGACAGAGUGCUGAAGAGUCUAUCAAGGAGCCUACACCUGCUGAUUUGUUUCUGCCAAACCCCACCUACGAAGCACACAGCUUCUCCACAGGCAUGAAGGUAGAGGCUCUAAGUCCCUCUGACAUGAAGACCAUCAGACCAGCCACAGUCACCAAGAUAUUCAACAACCUCCACUUCUUAGUAGUUCUCGACGACCAUUUGGAAGAUUACGAAGAUACCAAAAUGGCGUGGCUCUGCGAUAACAUGCAUCCAUACAUAUACCCCAUCGGUUUCGCGAAACAAAACAACAUGAACUUCAGACCACCAAAGACUUACAAAGAAUUCGAUUGGGACGAAUAUUUGUCCAAAACAUCAUCAGUCCCUGCCCCAGAAUAUUGCUUUGGAAAGAAAGACCUGCUUAAAGGCAUAGAAGCCAACAUGAUGCUAGAGGCUGCUCAUCCAUUGCACCAAGAUGAGGUUUAUGUCGCAUCCGUAGAUAGAAUAGCAGAACAUAUGGUCCUAGUCGAGUUAAUACCAAUUGGCGAGAAAUUCUGGUACUCGCAAGAUAGUGACUUGCUCUUUCCAGUGGGCUGGUGUGAUAGUAACAACUACGAGUUGCAUAUACCCGAUGUAAAUCCUAAAGAACCGCCGAAACAAGAAGAGAAGAAGGUUCGAGAAGAAAUGAAAAAGACUGAGGAGUGGUGUGAUAGGAUUUUCUUCAAUUACAAGUGUUACGCUGGGCCGUCGAUAAGUAGAAACAAAUUGUCGCAGUUGCCAAAGCAUGUAGGUCCUGGGCCGUUGUGUUUGGUGUUGAAGGAAGUGUUGAAUAAGAUAAUAUCGGCUUCAUACAAACCGGCUAAGUUGUUGAAGGAUUGGGAGACGGAAGGUCCGCCUGAAGAGGGGAUGCGACUUGAAAUGCUAAGAGCCAAAUUAAAAACCAGCACAUACCACGCGUACGUGCCCAUAGUGACGUCAGCCAGUCAGCUAAGUUCGUUCUGUCGCUCCGUGUGUGUGAGGUUACAAGCCUGCCCCUCGCUGUUCGGGCCAAUCGCCUGCCCCGAUAUCUGCCCCAAUAACUGCCAGAAUGUUGAUAAGAGCACUUUCCAUAAUGGAACAGAACGUCGAGGCAGACCAAAGGGAAGCGUUAACGGACGGCGAAAGAAAAAGAAGGCGGCACCAGAAAAGCGCGAAAAGGAACCACCACCGGAAGUAGACACGCAUAAAGAUGGCGAAUCUGUGGAAAGUGAACACAGUGCCGCCUCCACACCACCCUCAGAGUCUGGCACCAGACCAAACUCGCCAGAAAGCAUGUCAGACUACAAACGGGGCACACGGCGGAAGAGAGAAGCGAAGAACAACUACCCUAAAUUGGAAAUGAAAACCCGCGGCGCAAAGCUACCAAACUUCGCCUUACAAAUGAAAGAAGCACAUUGGGACAAGAAGGAUGUCGAAACUAUCUACAACAACUCUUGCGCAAAGAAACAAUCACACGAGAGCGAUACGGAAAACGACAAUGAGAGCAGUUGCAAUUCCAGAGACGCUAAGAACAUAUCAGACGUGUCCGACAGUGAGGAACCCGAACUGAAGAAACUUAAAUUCAAUUUCGACGAUCCUUUGCCGUCAGAUAACAAAAUGUUCGAGAAAGACGCUCCAAUGUCCUGGCUCAAGGGAAAAACUAAACUCGCCCGAAAUCCACUGCACUGGUCUGUAGAUGACGUAUACAAUUAUCUGAUUAACACUGAUGAUUGCAAACUUAUUGCCGAGAAAAUGAAACAAGAGGAGAUCGACGGCCAAGCAUUUAUUAUGUUAGACCUGCCAAUGAUCAGGGACUUCUUACAUAUGAAAAAGGAGUUCGCAGUACAAUUAUGUAAACACAUUACAAUGGUUAGGUGGUAUUAUAUAAUCAAUUUUGAAGAUAAUGGUGACAUAUAAGUAGUUAGUUCCUGUAUUUAAUUGUCUAGUCUUCAAUAAAGUAUUGUUGAAAUA